GGAAUCAAAUUAGGGAAGUUAAUCCAAAUAGUUAAUAUGGAAACUCGUUAUUUAAUUUUUAUAUUAGUUAGUACUAUGAUUUACUGUAAAGUGGAAAGCCAACUAUUUAAUCAUAUGCAAUAUGUAUUAGUAUGGCCUCCUACCAUUUGCCAAGUGCGAAGUUGCAAAACUGGUAUUCCACAUUAUCAGUUUAUUAUCGAAACUCUCCGACCUGCGAGGAAAUCAGGAUGGUCUAGUCCUCCUACAAUUGCAAUAGAAGACCUGAAAGUAGACACUCUCAUGAAUAAUAAACCAAUAUUGAGGGAUCGUCUCAGAAUUAUUUGGCCAAAUAUAAUAGAAGGCCAUACCGAUGAGUGGUUGUGGAAGCGCCAAUGGAGUGAAUGUGGGUAUUGUACUCAGUAUGCACUCAACAUUACUGAAUAUUUCGAAGCAGCCAAAAAGAUAGAUAACAUGAUGAUGCUAAAGAAGAUGGAUCACAAUAAUAAUCUAAUUGACUAUUUAAUAAAAGGAGACAUAAAACCAUCAAAUCACACAUCAUAUGAGAUGCGUGAUAUAAGGUUUGCUAUCUCCAAAUUAGUAGGAGAUCAUAUUGAUGUAUAUAUCUCAUGUUAUAUCAAUAUGACUAACCAUGUAAAUAUUAUGAAGAUAAGACUUUGUGUGGAUCCAAGUGUGAACAACUUUGUUAGUUGCCCCAUCCUUCAAAAUAAUAUUUGUGGAAGUGAUACCAAAAUCUUCCUUCCCACCUUUUAGUUUUU